AUGCCAGCCAGCGCAAGAGAAGCGACCCACGCUGGGAGUUGGUACAGCGCUUCAGAAUUACAACUUCGUCAACAACUUUCCAGCAACUUAUCUAAAGUCCAUCCUAUCCCGGAACUGGAGUAUGAUCCACCUGUACAAGAUUCAAAAGCGAUUAUAGCUCCUCAUGCCGGGUAUAGUUAUAGUGGACCGACUGCCGCUUGGGCAUAUGCUAGUAUUCCUGUUGAUAAGAUUAAACGAGUGUUCCUCCUUGGUCCAUCUCAUCAUGCCUAUAUCCCUGGAGUAGCUUUAUCGAAUUUCAAGGUCUAUGAAACUCCGGUUGGGGAUAUCAAUUUGGAUCUCAAGACAAUCGAAGAAUUGAAGUCAACUGGGAUAUUCUCAACGAUGAAAUCAUCUGUAGAUGAAGAUGAACAUAGUUUGGAAAUGCAUUUACCAUACAUUCGACAUGUCUUUAAAGAUAGGAAGGAUCUUAGCUUGGUUCCCAUCUUAGUUGGUCAUCCGAAAUCCGAAACUUUAGAUGAGUUGAGUAAAGUCCUAGCUAAAUACUGGAAAGAUGAAGAUACGUUCUUUAUCAUUUCAUCUGAUUUCUGUCAUUGGGGCUCGAGAUUCUCUUGUACACCAUACUACCCUCAUGCUCCUCCACCUCCCAAUCCAGUCCCACCAGUCCCGCACGAAACCCUCCCUGCAUCCUUCGAACCUCCCGACUUGAUCAAGAGAUUCACUUCCUCUCAUAAUAACCCGAAUGUCCCGAUUUGGAAAUCUAUACAAUAUAUGGAUCAUGAAGGCAUGGAUCUACUUAGACAUCCUGCCGAGGAAGGGGCGGCGGAGAAGUGGGAAGCGUAUUUGGAUAGGACCAAAAACACAAUUUGCGGUAGAAACCCAAUUACAGUCUUACUUCACCUGAUCCAACAUAUAUACCUGACCAAACCCGAUUCCGCGAUACCUGUAUUCACCUUUGUGAGGUACGAACAAAGUAGUAAAUGUUUUGAUGGCAAGGAUAGUAGUGUUAGUUACGUUAGUGGGGUAUUGAGAGUACCUCAUUGA